AUGCCGUCGCUUGGCACGGAAACUUCGGCGGAUGUCGCAAGCUCCGAUGUGACGCCCAACAAAGGGGCGUCCGUCGCCGAUGUCGAGGCAAUCGGCAAGGACCGAGACACCAUCGAGGAAUGGCGGAAGCAGAACAACAUCGAUGUUGAGAAGCAGGUCAGGCUUGUGAAGCUGGUUCAUAUGCGCUACCAGCACCCGGACCUAGACGAGAUCACCACCUUCAUGAGGGACUUCGGCAUGCAUGUCGUCAAGUCGACAGGCGACAAGAUAUGGUUCAGGGGCUACGGCCCGGAUCAGUACGUCUACUAUGCGCAGAAGGGACCGAAGGAGUAUCUCGGCGGCACGUUCGAGGUGGAGACAUACAAGGACCUGGAAAAGGUUGCCGGACUGCCAGGUGCUGGGGAUAUUCGGAGGCUCGACGACUCUCCCGGUGGUGGUUCCAUCGUCACGGUACAUGAUCCUGAAGGAUUUCCAAUCAAUUUCAUUCAUGGUCAAGAACCCGCCGAAGUGGGCCAGCUGCCCCAAAAGCUCGUUGUCAACUACGAGACAGAGAAGCCACGGGUCAGAGAGUUCCAGCGAUUUGAAGUCGGCCCGGCCGCUGUACACAAGCUGGGUCAUUUUGGACUGUGUGUACAAGAGUUUGACAGGCAACUCAAAUGGUACACGCAGAACUUCAAUAUAGUCCCCACCGAUUUUCUUUAUGUACCCACCGAGACUGGUCAAAGGAAGAUCGUCGCAGUAUUUGCACAUAUCGACAGAGGACAAGACUAUGUCGACCACCACAGUUUCUUUAUGUCGACGAACGCCACCUCACAUGUACACCAUUGCUCAUUCGAAGUACAUGACUUUGACACGCAACAGCUCGGUCACCAGUGGCUAGCGACCAAGGGGUACAAAAGCGUAUGGGGUGUUGGACGUCAUAUUUUGGGCAGCCAGAUAUUCGAUUACUGGUGGGACACGACGGGAAACAUGGUUGAGCACUAUGCGGAUGGUGACCUGAUCAACAUUGAUACCCCGAUUGGAUACGGUCCAGCGGGCGACGAAAGUCUUGCUGUUUGGGGACCUGAAGUGCCCAAAACAUUCUUGCAAUAA